AUGCACCCCCAGCCCACCACCCUCCUGGGCCUUGUGCUCUGCCUGGGCCAGACGACCCACACACAGGAGGGGCCCCUGCCCAGACCCUCCAUCUCGGCUGAGCCAGACUCCAAGAUUCGCUGGGGACGGCCCGUGACUGUGGUGUGCCGGGGACCUGCCUGGGCUGAAACAUUCCACCUGGUGAGGGAGAGCGGAAUCCCUAAAUUCCUGAAUGUUAAUGCCGUGCCCGGCCCGUCUGAGGCAGAGGCCAGGUUCCCCAUUAACACGUCCAGUGAAGCCAGUGCCGGGCGUUAUUACUGCACCUAUUGUAAAAGGUCCCGCUGGUCUGAGCGCAGUGAAUCCCUGGAGCUGGUGGUGACAGCUGGCACUUCCCAGAACUACACGUUGGGGAACUUUGUCCGCAUGGGCCUGGCCGGUGUGGUCUUGCUGAUCCUGGUGGCGAUUCUGGCAGAAGCUUGGCACAGCCAGCGGGACUCCAACGGGGCCCUCAGGGAUGGAGACCAGAGAGCGCCCGCCAGAGAGAUUAGACCCCAGGGCCCAGGAGGGACAUCCCCAAGGUUCUGA